UGUGGCAGAGACCGUGGCGCACAGCAGCGAGCGGCAGCAGCAGCUGAGCUACAGAGAGAGAGAGGAGCGCGCAGGGGGAAACGAUUUUGGGAAGAUCAUUCCCAUCACUCUGCGUCGCUGACAAACAUCAGAUGUCUCUGAUGUCCCCCCACACCAAACGGAUGAGGAGCUGAAGGACUGAUUAAACACCGCGCAGCGGAGAAAGCAUGACAGUCUGCCCGUGGAAGAGUCCGCAGGGCGGCUGAGCGCCUUCUCUCUCGCGUCGCACCAAGAGUUGGAAGUACGCGUCAAAGAGAUGUGGAUCUGUGGGAGACUUAACGUUGUCAAUUGAGCGUUACCUUUACGCGUUGCUUUUGGAUUUCUGGUCCUGAGCUGUUUGACAUCCACGGAGUGAAGCGCACUUUGUGUUUCAAAGACGCCCGCACAUGGAUUGCAAUGCCAUAGAUAACUUAGCAGCUCCUCUGAAAGGAUGGUGGUUGUCAUGAGGAGCCUAUGGAUGUCUCAGUCUGUGGGAGAGCUGGUGCCGAGACAGCUGACCUCUCCACCAGCCACUCUUUCCACCUAAAACUCUUCCCCGCGGAGUCACAGCUGCUGCAGACCGGGGAUGCGAUGGGGUGAGUGUUGACACCCACCUCACCCACCCCCCCCCCCUCGCUCACUUUACACUGUAGCAUAAACAAUGGAUCAGAAUUUCUCAACAGUUCGAGAUGGCCAGCAGCUGCUACCAGAGAGAGAUUCAUCCAAGCGUGUACUGACAGGAUGCUUCCUUUUCCUCCUCAUCUUCACAACGCUGCUAGGCAACACGCUCGUCUGUGCUGCCGUCACCAAGUUUCGACACUUGAGGUCCAAGGUCACCAACUUUUUUGUCAUCUCGCUGGCCAUCUCUGACCUCCUGGUGGCAAUUUUGGUUAUGCCGUGGAAGGCGGCGACAGAGAUUGUGGGGUUUUGGCCGUUUGGUGCUUUCUGCAACGUGUGGGUGGCGUUUGACAUCAUGUGCUCCACUGCCUCCAUCUUGAACCUGUGUGUGAUCAGCGUUGACCGUUACUGGGCCAUCUCGAGCCCAUUCCGCUACGAACGCAAGAUGACCCCCAGAGUGGCGUGCCUGAUGAUCAGCAUGGCGUGGACCCUGUCCGUCCUCAUCUCUUUCAUUCCGGUUCAGCUGAACUGGCACAAGGCUCAGACCUACAGCUACGCAGAGCUUAAUGGAACGUACCCCAGCAAUCUGCCCCCCGACAACUGUGACUCCAGCCUCAACAGGACCUAUGCCAUCUCCUCCUCCCUCAUCAGCUUUUACAUCCCCGUGGCUAUCAUGAUCGUCACCUACACCCGGAUCUACCGCAUCGCCCAGAAACAGAUACGGAGAAUAUCUGCCCUGGAACGGGCGGCAGAGAGCGCCAAGAACCGCCACAGCAGCAUGGGAAACAGUUCGAACAUGGAGAGCGAGAGCUCGUUCAAAAUGUCAUUCAAGCGGGAAACCAAAGUCUUGAAGACGCUCUCGGUCAUCAUGGGGGUGUUUGUGUGCUGCUGGUUGCCCUUCUUCAUCCUGAACUGCAUGGUGCCGUUCUGUGAGCUCAACCUGCUGGACGGCGCGACGGACUUCCCCUGCAUCAGCUCCACUACCUUCGAUGUGUUUGUGUGGUUUGGCUGGGCCAACUCCUCGCUCAACCCCAUCAUCUACGCCUUCAACGCUGACUUCCGCAAGGCCUUCUCCAUCCUCCUGGGUUGCCACCGGCUCUGCCCGGGGAGCAACGCCAUUGAAAUUGUCAGCAUAAACAACAACAUGGGUCCCUCUACCUCAAACCCAAACUGUCAGUAUCAGCCCAAGAGUCACCUGCCAAAGGAGGGCAACCAUUCGGCCAGCUAUGUGAUUCCACACAGCAUCAUGUGUCAGGAGGAGGAGCUACAGCAGAAGGACGGCGAGAGUGAAGUGGGCACGGUAAACAACGCCCUGGAGAAGCUGUCCCCGGCCAUCUCUGGGAACUUUGACAGCGAUACUGAGGUCACUCUGGAGAAGAUCAAUCCCACAACACAGAAUGGACAGCAUAAAACCAUGUCACGCUGAGGAAUGGCAACGCUAGACUGGAGUACACACACAGAGAUGUAUGUAUGCACAAGUGGGGGGGUGGGGGGACAUCUCACACAGAUGGACAGCAAAAGGAAAUGCAAAGAGACAGACAUCUCCACGGACAUGCCGGACAGAGACACGGUGAGAGGGGACGUAAAAAAGGCAAACAGACUGUCGACAAACAUCCACAUGUAUAAACGCACAGAAUGUUUUAAUGUAAAGGCACUUUAUCCUGGAUAUAACUAUCUGCAAAAAUGAUCUCAGCGUUUGUUGAUGAAAUCAAUGCAUUUGAAGGUAAAUGCUGACAACGUCGACAAUAAGAGCGCUGGCUACCGACGUCCAAAUGCAUACAUGUUAGAGCAGCGUUUGAAAAAAGGACAAGAGGACAGUGUAGACAGUGGUGCAAGAUUUAGUCGCUAUUAGAGGAGAGAAAAAAAAAACAAUGUCAUGUAGGUAUAGGUGCUUUGUAUGUAAUGUCAUUCAAGAGGGAACGACGUUGGUGAACUGGCUUUGGUUCAGUUUUUUUUUGUUGCAUGUAUUUCUUCUUCUUUUUCUUUGGUGCGG